ACAGGGCCUGGGGCUGAUAGAGAUAGACCUUCCUAUUCCUAUGAUACAAACACCACAGUAUCCAUGAUGAACAGAGCAGGUCACCCUGGGCUUCAGCCUUCACAGAGAGUGGUGGGAGACCCCCUGGUGGAAGUCUAUCAGCAAAUCGGUCUUCUCCUUCAGGGUCUCAUCUAAUGCCUGGUGACUGGGUUCAUAGAAGGCCUGGGUCUAGCCUUCCUCAGCUGGCUCAUGGUUACUCCACGAAUACAGACAGGGGCACCUAUGCAAACUAUGUGAAGUCGCAUCAAACCAUUCACACCAAUGAGAGGCCCUUCAAGUGCAAACUAUGUUACAAGAGCUUCUCCUUCCCGAGUAACCUUAUCAGACAUAGGAGUGUCCAUAAUGGGGAGAAAUCAUAGCAGUGGAUAUCUGGGGACCAUUCUUUAGCUAAAAUAUUAUAGUUAUCAUGUGAAGUGUCUUGGGGUAAGAGGGUAAUUAACCACAUGCCCCUCAUGAACUUGUCAUUUGAAACAGGCUUGUGUAAAUACCUGUUUUUAGAGAGACUGUAAUCCUAGGCUCGUUCAAAGAUAGUGAUUAUGAAUAGGAUGUGUGAUAAGCAGUAUUUCAAAGAACAGCGCGCAUAACUUUUUCAAUUAACCACACCCUUUGCACUAUGACGCCAACCCAUAAGAUCAUUUUACUUCAGUGUAAACGGAAGUGAACAGUGACCAAGAACAUUUUCCACGAAAGCGUUUUUGUUGUUAUUUAGACGUUUAUUAACACCCUGGAACUUAAAAUAUGACUAAUUUAACUGCACAGCAUUACAUUAGUUACCUCGGGUAGUGUUUAAUUCGCGUUGGAGACCGGACUUGGUUGAUAGCUAGCAAGCGUUACCUAGAACGUCUAGCUAUUAACAAUGGCUAACGGUAUGAUUUUUCACACUCAAAUAGCCUCCAUUAUGGAGAUGCUAGCGAAUGCAGCCGUGGCAGAUAUAUGUAAACUCGUAGACGACGACUAUGCAGUGUUUCGUUUGGAAAUAACUCAAAGCCAGAAAGAAAACAGGGCUUUGCGGAGGAAACUACAGCUACUGGAAAUGAAGGUGGCACGGGAGCGCGCAGAGAGGACAAUACGAGAGCGCGUCCUCCCCAGUCGUCCCAGUAGUGUCAAGAUCCUCGACCGAUACAGAGCGAUGGCAAGAGGUGAAGGACAUCUCACUGGAGGCCACAGGAGCUUUGUGAAGCCAGUGGGACACAAUACAUGGAGAGAUGACCAACCAAUCACUGUUGAUGGGGGGAGUGGAACCUCAACCCAGCACGUUAUCGUGAUAGAGUCUGAAGAUGCAGAGGCUGCAGGUCCUGGGGUCAAGCCGGAGGGGUCUGAAGGAGAGGAGGACCCAUGGCACAGCAGAGACAUCCAGACUGGAGCAGCAUCUGGUGCGCCCCAUGUAGCCACGGAGGACCCCACCUCCCCUGUCCAGCCCAGGAUCCGACACUGCAUCACGGAGGUCAGUGGAAUGCCGAACUUCGCCCUCAAGUCAGAGACCAACACCAAGACAUUAACUGAAACACACAGGCUAUUACACACAGGAACUGACCACAGAUCAGACCCAGAGAGACUGGGGCCACUCAGCUGUCCUCCUGCUCCCGGUUCCGAAUACUUACCGGUAUUUCACCAGAGCCAGAAGACGGUUCAUUCCCGUGGAGAUGGUGAUCCGUCUUGUUCUUACUCUACAGAGAUGGACUCUGGCAACAUGCCCUUGUGUUUAGAGACACAGAAUGAUCUGUCUAGAGGGGGGUGGAACCGGUACACUAGUAGUGUAUACUCUGAAGGGUGCCUAGAUAAGAAAGGGGAGGUUAUAGUCAUUGAUGAAGUGACUGUGAAAAUGGAGGGCGACAUUUCUCUCACAUGGAAUGCAGAUAGUCACCUAGGUGACAGACACUCACAAGGCAGAGACUUCUUAGAUUACAGGGAAAGUCUAGAGACAAAUCCAAAUGUCGCGACCCACUCCCCUUUACACACACUCAAGGAUCGGGACCCAGUGUCCACAUCAAUGGGGCCUUCCGAUUCACACAGCCUUUUCGAUCAGGUAUUGAACUCAAACGACAGCGCUAGAACCCAGGCUCGGGAAGGGGGAGCAACAUCAGACAGUAGUAAAGAGAAACGGUUCCUCUGCAUGUUCUGUAACAAAGGCUUCAGCUGCCUCCAGAAGGUGGAGAUUCAUCAGAGGUUCCACACAGGGGUGAAACCCUUCAGCUGUAACCAGUGUCAUAUGUGCUUCGCCCAGGCUGGUGACCUGAAGAGGCACCAGAGGAUCCACACAGGGGAGAAACCCUACAGCUGCCCCCAGUGUGAGAAGAGGUUCUCCCGUCUGGACAAACUGAAGAUGCACCUGAAAGUCCACACGGGAGAGAGGCCGUUCGCCUGUACACACUGCAGGAAGAGGUUCUCAGAGAGGAGCUACCUCAAGAUACACCAGCAGAAAAAACAUUCCACUCUAUAACAUAGAAAGUAACAUUUCACUCCAUAGCUUCUGAGGUUUAGAUCAAAUCUUGAAUUAAAGAGAAAUAUUAAUUUGUAUUGUCAGCAGAAAAGAUCCACUGAUGAAUUUGGAAUAACGAGAGUAACAGAUUUCAGUUUUGAAUAUUCCUGCGUAGAAUAUUGCAUCCAGACAUUGUGUGAUUUAUAAGGCAUAUAAGCCUAAAAAGUCUGAUACAUAGUGUUUGUACUGUGUAAGAUAUAUGUUCACAAAUGCCUAUUUGAUUACUUCCAUUAAACUAUUUAAUUUUUUAAAGUUCUUGCAUAUUUUUAGUUGAGAUGUGUAUGUGUGGUUUUCAUAUGGUGUAUUUAACACUUGUUUAUGUUUAAUAAACACAAAAUGGGACUUUUCA